GGAUAAGACACCGGAUGCCCUUCACCGUGCAAUUUUUAUUGUUCUAGCUUUUUCAAUAUAUAUUUUUUCUGAAGGACUUUUUUUUUUUAAUCACUGAGUGGGAUACGUGGCUUCUGCUGGAGAUGUUUGUCGUGUCUGCGGUCUCCGUGUGGCCCCACGUGGCGCUCAUUCUCUCUCUCGGAGUGGCUACCGUGCACCCAAGUAAAUGUCCCAGAGCUUGUGUUUGUGACAACAUUCAACUUACCGUGGCCUGCGUCGGCAAGAACCUGACCGAGGUGCCUUCAACUAUCAAUGAGAUCACCGUGAAGUUGAACCUGAGAGGCAAUAGCAUUCAGGAGCUGCCUUCCGGAGCUUUCCGGCACACGCCCUACCUCACCCAUCUAUACCUACAGUGGUGUGACCUCCGCCGUGUGCGUGAGGGGGCCUUUCGCAGCCUGGGGCGCCUGGUGUUUCUCAACCUGGCCAACAACAACAUCGAGAUACUGUACCAGGAGACUUUUGAUGGACUAUCAUCCCUUAAGCAGCUCCUGCUGGACCACAACCGUGUGGAGGAGAUCCAGCCUGGUGCCUUCUCCCAGCUGGGCCUCCUCAACCUGCUCUCCCUCACGCACAACCGCCUGGAGUACCUGCCCAACCUGGCCUUCCAAGGCCUCCAGAACAUCAGGUGGCUGCGGCUCAGUCACAACACUGUCAACUAUCUGGCCGUGGAGGCCUUCGCUGGCCUUUUCAGCCUGGCCCGCCUUAGCCUGGACCACAAUGAGCUGCAGUUCUUCCCCACCGAGGUCAUGACCAGACUCCCAGAGCUGACCCGGCUGGAGCUGAGCUACAAUCCCAUGACCUAUCUGGGAGAGGAGACGGUGGCCAUGCCUAAACUUACCCACCUCUUCUUGGACCACAUGUCACUGCAGGACUUCUCUUACAUGGCACUGGCCUUGGCACCUGGCCUUGUCCACCUGGACCUCAGCCACAACCAGCUUCAGAGCCUCCAACCUCUGAUGGGCCCCGAAAAGCUGACCAGGCUCAACCUGACCGGCAACCCGGUCUACUGCAGCUGCUACCUGCGGCCGCUGCGGGAAUGGGCCGCCCGGGGCUGGCUGCGGCUGGCGGGCGUCUGUGCCAACCCCCAGCACCUCUCUGGGGAGAGCCUGGACGGUCUUCAUCCUAAUGACCUGCGCUGCCAGAGCCAGGAGGCCAUGUUAAGGGCUGAGCAGGAGUACCAGAACAGGGCCCGCCCACCCGCCACCCCCAGGCCUGACAGGGUGCAGUGCCCUGAUAACUGUAAUUGUGAGAACGAGACCCUCCACUCUUCCUGUGAAAACCGUGGCUUCACCAAGAUCCCCAGAGGCUUCUUCCCGGACACCCGGCUCCUGGACUUACGUGGCAACCACUUCCACUACAUCCCUGGGAACAGCUUCCCGGGCCUGUCCCAGGUGGUCUCCCUGCACCUUCAGCGCUGCAAGAUCCAUGAGGUUGAGUCAGGUGCCUUCAAAGGCAUGAAGAACCUCGUCUAUUUGUACCUCUCAGAGAAUGACCUCUUUUCCCUGAGCGCUGAUGCAUUCACAGGCCUUCCCCAGCUCACCUACUUGCACCUAGAGAGGAACAAGUUUACCAGAUUCCCCAGAGAGGCCUUCAAACUCCUGCCCAACCUUCUAGCUUUGCACCUAGAGCACAACCUCAUGAGCAAACUGGAACUGGGUAUUCUGGUUGGGGCUGAGAAGCUGAGGGACCUGUAUUUGACCAGUAACAGCAUCGGCACAGUGGCACCCGGGGCUUUCGAUCGGGCUCCUGGCCUUGAAGUCCUCCACUUGGGAGCCAACCAGCUGACUGAAGUGCCAACGGACUCGCUCCGUAAUACGCCGAGCUUGGCGGAGCUUCGCCUCUCAGCCAAUCCCAUUCGCUGGAUUGGACCAAAGGCUUUUUUCCCAUUUGCUCAUAGUUUGAAGCAUCUGUUUUUGGAUGGAAUGAAGUUAGAGAAGAUGUCCAAAGACUCCUUGGAGGGCCUGGGUGCUGGGCUCCGCAGCCUCCUCCUAGAGGGGAACCGGCUGGAGGAGCUGCCCAGCCUUUUCCCGCUUGCAGGGCUGGAGGUUAUCAAUCUGGCUGAAAACCCUCUUCUGUGUGACUGUCCCCUGCUGCCGCUUCGCGAGUGGAUCGAAAAGGUUAACCUGAAAGUGAGGGCCAGCUGUGGACAUCCUCCUGAGCUGAAGGGCCGCAGAGUCAAAGAUGUCCACGUAUUCAAAAGCUGCCCGGGAGAAAGACCGCUCCCCAAUGAACCCCCAAAGAGCCCCAGGGCCCCGAAAGCUGCUCAACCCAAAGCUGCCCACGUAAAAGCCACCGCUGUCAAACUGCGCCACGCUGGAGGCCAGAAAUCUUCAGUGAGCAAAAGUACAGCCAAAAAGAAAAAGUUACAGUAGCUUCACCACCAGGGGGCGCGUGGAACAUAAAAUGUAACACUGCAGUGGCGGUAGCUUCAGGGCCAAGCUGCGUUGUCUUUUUCAACCUGUUUUCUCUGGUGGAGCAUAUGCAGUCGUUGCACGUUAAACUGAGGUAACGUUUUGGCAGUGUUAGGAGGUAUAAAUGUAUAUAACUGCUUUCUGAACAAUAUAUUAACAAUAUAUUAAUCCUUAAAUUAUACUAUCACAGCUGUUCCUGAGUUUUAAUGAACUGUGGGGUUGAUGGUAAGGAUUUUCUGAAUCUUAUGCAAUAAAAUGUUUGAUAGUUUCCACCUACUUUUGGCAAACUUUUAGAUAUACUAGGACACCAUUUUGCGUAUGAGUUGGAAAGGAUUUUAGGUGUAAAAGCUGAAAUAGCUGUACGAUCACUCACAUUGAGCAUCCAGUCUGAACCACUGUUUGUAUUACUAUAUUACUGCGAACAGUAACUACAGAGAACUAAAUGUCAGGUAUAUGU